AUGCCUGCCACUGGAAAUGCCUCGCAUCGCUCUUUGGGUUCUGCCCACGAAAAGGCGUCCAUCCCGGUAAAUACGUCGCAUCGGUCCCUGGCAUCUGGUCGAAACAAGCCAUCGGGACCUGGAAAUGGGUCAUUUCGAUCCCAGCCCUCUCUCCAUGCCAAGUUACCUGUUCAUGGCGGUAUCUCCCAGCGAUCGCUUCGGGAGCGAGCGUCGAACCAUGAAAACGCAUCACGCGGAUCUCGCACCCCUGUUGAGUUCCGACGCGAUAUCACAACGCCGAUGUCCGAGAACCGUUCGUUCGGCGUGAACGGGGCUCACGAGCAGCCUCUUGAGCGGGAGGCUCGCUUGCGGGCAAUCAUGGAGGAAUUUGAUUUGGAUAUGUCCUCCCUUCUCCCUUUGAAUGUUUUGCAGAGGGAGCGCGUCAAGCUUAUCGAGGAAGUCCAACACCACAAAGACGAGCAGGACUCCUUAUCACUGGAUAUUGAAGGCUUGGAGGGUGUGGUCGAGCUCCACAACACCGCCGCUCGUCUGCAUCGCCUGGAGAACUUUGUGAACGCGAGCUCAGAGUAUGUGGAAAUGGACCUACCGGACGAAAUCCAACGGUUCUUGGAGGAUGACCGAAGACGCUCCGACGAGGAGGUCGCUGCGUACUCCCAGGAGCUGGACUCUAGGCGGGAGAGAAUCUUGGAAAAGGCUGCCGCUGCGAAGGAGAAUACCGCAAAGCUGGCAAGCAAACAUGUCCAGCACACGGAUCCGAAUAUUGAUGAUGGUAACGAAGAUGCCAUUCAACAUGUGGAUGGAAACAUGGGCAUGAUACCCAUGCUGAGCGAUAAGCUAAAGAAGUUCCGCACACUCAAGAGCAAAUUUCUUGCUGAGUUGGCACGCGAAAAGAAGGACUCUGCCAUGACGGAGAAGACCAUCAACAUUCAGAUUAAGAACACCGAACUUUCCAACGCCCGUGACCUUCGGCUCUUUAGGGAGCUCAACUCGAGCAACGCCAGCCUCAUUGCAAACAUCCAGAUGCUUAUGAACCAGCUAAAUGUGGAGCACUAUGGCAUGGACAACAUCCCAACCGCCACCCAACUAGUGGAGGAGUGCAAUAAUCGUAUGAUCAUGUUGGGGAAAACUCCUGUUAACUCGGAAGAUGAUCUGCCAGCGCAUGAACUCCCGGCGCGCACGUCUGUGCAACAGUCCGCGCGAAAUGGUGGUUCUUCGGUGCACAACACGUCUUCGCUGGAUAGGCAGUCGGUACCCGCACCACUGGUGCGGGCGAAGUCGCAGGGAAGUCGCUACAGUGAAGGCUUUGAAAAGGUGGUGCCGACCCCACAUGAGAAAAUUAACUCACAGCGUGGUAGCAUGAAUAUGUCUCGGCUUUCCGAAAAGCCUCUGGAAUCUGUCCGUAGUCGUGCAUCCGCCGAGGAAUCCCGUAAGGCGAGUCUGGUGUACUAA